CGUGGUCUGGGUUCGCCCCGCCCCGCUUGACAAGAUGGCGGCGCCCACUUGUAGCGUGCCGGGCCUCUGGGUCUGGGGUACGGGCCAGCGUGUGGGGAAUCUCUUCCUUCUCGUCUCAAAGCCGUUUUGUACCGCCGCCGCUGCCUCUAGGCCCCUGGAUGCCCAGCGAUUAGCGGAGAGGCUCCGAGCCCAGAAACAGGAACAAAAGAAGGAGCCGGUGCCCACAAACCCUGUUCAGCGGAGGGUGCGAGAACUAGUUCGGUUCACACAGCAGCUGCAGCGAGUCCACCCCAACGUGCUUGCUAAGGCACUGAGCCGAGGGAUUCUCCACCAGGACAAGGACCUUGUGGUUAUCAAUAAGCCCUACGGUGUCCCGGUGCAUGGUGGCCCUGGCGUCCAGCUCUGCAUCAGUGAUGUACUGCCCGUCCUGGCAAAGAUGCUGCGUGGCCACAAGGCAGAGCCCCUGCAUCUGUGUCACCGGCUGGACAAGGAAACUACGGGCGUGAUGGUGUUGGCUUGGGAGAAGGAAGUGGCCCAUCGAGUCCAGCAGUUGUUUAAAACCCGUCAGGUGGCCAAGAAGUACUGGGCCGUCACCGUACACGUCCCCGUGCCCUCAGCAGGCGUUGUCGACAUCCCCAUCAUGGAGAAGGAGGUGCAAGGCCAGCAGCAGCACCGCAAGAUGACGCUGUCCCCAAGCUACCGCAUGGACAACGGGAAAAUGGUCAAAGUGCGUAGCAGCCGGAAUGCACACAUUGCUGUGACUCAGUACCGGGUGCUAAGCAGCACUCUGUCCUCCGCCCUCUUGGAGCUCCAGCCUGUUACCGGGGUCAAACAUCAGCUUCGAGUUCACCUGUCUUUCGGAUUAGACUGUCCAGUCCUCGGUGACCACAAGUACUCAGACUGGAAUAGGUUGGCCCCCCAGAAGCUGUCUGCUGGCACCCUGAAGAAGCUGGGGCUGCCGCAGUCCAAGGCGCGCCACAUCCCUCUUCACCUGCAUGCCCGGCAGCUGAUCCUGCCUGCCCUGGGGCCCGGGAAGGAGGACCUCAGCUUGGUCUGCAAGCUCCCUCACUUCUUUGUGCGUUCCCUGAGCCGCCUGGGCUUAGAGAUGCCCAGUCAGGAUCACACAGGAGGUGACGAAGCAGGCCACCUGGGAGCACAGUGAAGAUGUCAGGCGGUUCGGCUCCUGAACUCUUCGUUUUCCAUAAUGGAGACGAAGAUGCCGUUGGUAACUCUGCUAACUUCUCCCGAGGACCAGCCUCCAGAAGAGCCGGCUGUGAUGAGUUGAAGAAACUUGCGUCAGGGCUUAUAAUGGAGAAUUGAGUUCUCUUUACUGAUGGUUUGUCCAAGCUGUGGGAGAGUCUGAGAAGUCUCCUACCUCAGGGUCUCCAAAAAGAACACAGAACUGGGCAGAUUGGGUCAAUAAUGGGAAAAGAAUGAGAACUAAAGGACGGAAUCCACAGUUGGGAACUGUGUUCAUCCAGUAGUAGAGCUUUGAUCUAUCAGGAAGGUUCUCAGUGUUGGAAAGACCAACACUGGGUGGGUACACACGUCAUGGGUUCCAGGGAUUCUGUCUAGCUCUAGCUGGGCCCUUACUGCACUGGAUGCUGUGAAGCCUGUGACGGGGGCGUUUGGGGAGGGGUUGAGUGGGGGAAUUUGCAUAAGCAGAAAAGCAGAUGUAAAUGGAUAUAAAGGGCAGGCAGACAACGUAAAUGAGUCAAGUCAGCAGGGUAUAAGACACUGGGGGGGACAAAAACUAGAGAGCUCGUGCUGUCUAAAGAGGGCGAUUGUUAGCUCCAACUGGGGAUUGCCACGUGGAUUUGCUAGUUACCAGAGAAUCAGGGGACCUAGCUCUCCAUGUGAAAUCUCCCAGGAUAUUGCCAGCUAAAUCAAAUUAAAAAAAAAAACAACUUAGGCAACCAAGCAGACCUUAUUUGCAGGUCAGAUUUGGUCUGUAGGACCCCAGUGAUGCAGACAUUUGGGGAAAGGUGCCAUCUUUUGGAUCAGGGGUUGGCAUUUUAGCUACAUGUAGUCAUCUCUCUUUUUUAGACUGGAGAAUGGCUUUUGAAGGUCAGUAAAUGGAAAUGUGUGGUUAUAAGGGUGUUGCCUUUGUUUUUUUUUUUUUAAUUGUAAGUAUAUA